CAUGCCGACUGUUCUGGAGUUUGACUGCGUGGUGAUCGGGGCGGGGGUCCAGGGAUCCUUCACGGCCUACCAGCUGGCCAAGCAGAACCGGAAGACCCUGCUGGUGGAGCAGUUUGUUCUGCCCCACAGCAGAGGCAGCUCCCAUGGCCAGACCCGGGUUAUUCGCAAGGCCUACAAGCAGGACUUCUACAUCCACAUGAUGGAGGAGAGCUACAAGCUGUGGACUCAGCUGGAGGAGGAGGCAGGUGUCAAACUGUACAGACAAACUGGACUGCUGGUUAUGGGACCAGAGACGAGUGACGACUACCAGCUGAUCAAGACAAAUCUACAAAACAACAACAUUCCAACGGUGAUCCUGAACCGUGACAACUUCAACCAGCACAUCCCUGGUGUGAAUCUCUCUGAGGGACAUGGAGCCAUGGUGGAAGUAACAGCUGGACUUCUGUAUGCGGACCGGGCUCUGAGGACCGUACAGGGUCAGUUUCUGAAGUUGGGGGGGACGAUAAGAGACAAUGAGGAGGUGACAGGCAUCACACCUGGCCCUUUGGUCACUGUGACAACACCUGCUGGUGUUUAUCGAGCCAAGAGUGUGGUGAUCACUGCUGGACCCUGGACUAAUGCAGUGCUGGCCCGCACAGGCCUACAGCUACCUCUACAGGUGGUGAAGAUCAACGUGUGCUACUGGAAAGAGAAGGUUCCUGGGACGUAUGACGUGAAAAAGCACUUUCCUUGUUUCAUCUUGACUGAAUGUGAGGAGACCAAAGAGCACAUCUAUGGUCUCCCAGCCAACGAGUACCCCGGGCUGGUAAAGAUAUGUUACCACAUGGGCAGCCCCACCGACCCGGAUCAGAGAGACCGACAGACAGACAGGUCCGAUAUCGACAUCCUGCAGCGUUACGUUGCCCGCUGUUUUCCGGGUCUGAUCCCAGUACCAGCUGUGGUGGAGAGCUGCAUGUACACGGUAGCUGCUGGCAACAGGGUGGAGGUCACUUUAGCUGAUGUGCUGCUUUACUGUGGAACACAAUCCAAACCAGGGGUCUCCAGCCUUUGUUGGCCCGUGAGCGAGUUUUACUCUGUGAAAGCUCUACUGCCAUACCAUUUAUUCACAUGGAUACUUUCCACAUGUGAAUAUGCAUAUAUGUUAAAAUGCUCUGCUUGCACAUGCACGGUAUUCACAUGUUGAUCUCUCUGUACUCAAUACAUCACUAUUAUAAAAAACAGUACAAGGACGAUGGACAUUCUGACAAUCCAACUAAAAACAUUUUGUUUUUUAACUUAUUGGAUACUUCCAGGUAAGUAAAUACAACUCUACUUUGUGUGAAUGAUUUUACUUUGUUAGAAUGGAUCAGUGACAUCACUCUUUGAGCACACAAAUGAUAAAACGCUUCCUAAAACUAUAGAAUGCCUUUUAAAGAACAUUUCAUGGCAUUUGAUACAAACCCCUUCGAGUAACUAUGACAAUUUCCCCAAACAAUGCUAAACUAAUUUUCUCAUAAAUGAAUACAGAUGAAGACAAAAAAACAAACUAAAUGUGAUGAAAACACUGAAGUCAUUAGAACUAUAAAAAUAGAAAUAACCUUUGUUCCUGUUUUCUCGGAUCAUAUGUUUAUGUUUAUUUAUUUAGCAGACGCUUUUAUCCAAAGCGACUUACAAUCUAUAACCUAUAGGGCGUGUUGUGAUCUGUGGGGGAAACCGGAGUACCCGGAGGAAACCCACGCAUGCAUGGGGAGAACACGCAUCUCCACGCAGGAAGACCGCAGCCGAGUUUCGAACCUGCAACCUUGGUGCUGCGAGGCAACAGUGCUAACCACUGCGCCACCAUGCAGCUUGUUUGGGUUGUUUGUUCAUGAAAGUGAAGUUUUGUUUACUAGUUCAUAACUGCAGGUAAAAUGAUGUUUUCUGUGUUUAUCGUUGACAAUAUUAAGGUUGGAGGAGGGUUCUCCUUCUUGUCCGGAUCAGCUGCGGCUCUGACGGCAGAGCAGAGUUCACGCUUGUGUUUAAAACGGAACAAUCAGCUGAAACUGAAUCACAGCAGACGUCCAGAGUUUGGAAGCCUUUGUUCAUAAACGAGCAGCAUUUAAUCUGCAUUAGCGAGCCGCUGCAGCAAACAGGACUGUACUGUCACCCAGAGUGAUUCACCGAGGAUGUUCUUAUGAAACCAGGUCUGCAUAACCGAUGGCAUCCACCUGCGCCUGCAGCCGCGUACACACGGGGAUCAGUGCUGCAACCCCUUUCCUUUUUCUGCCUAUUUUCAGUAGAACACGUUUGCCGAAAUAUUUCUGCAAAAAUCUGAUUUUGAUUUUACUUCCACAAGAUGCUGAUUUUAGAUUCGCUCCCAGAGAAAACCGCCGUCCCUGGUCAAUUCUCCGUCAGGCAGGACGGCUCGCUGCUGCUUCCAGGGUUAGGGUUAGGGUGUUGGAGACCCCCGAUCUAAACCAUCAUUAUUUUAAUCAAUAUGGAGAUCAGGAUUAGAUACAUGGGUCAAAUACACAUAACGAAACAUUAUCUACUUUAUAUCAUAGAACAAGUUUUUGGUGUGACAGAACCAACUAAGGGUCCAAAGUCUCUUUUAUCAUAACGGUUUACUAGAGAUGAAGACAAACGCCUGUCAGGUCUUUAGUCUGUUCAACACUUCAUCUGUUAAAAUGCAGAGGAGCUGCAACAGAAGUGAGUUUCAUGCUACAUCCUUUGUACUGGCACCCAGCUGUUCCUGUGGCCAUCUCUUAGCUCUUUAGCUUCGUCUUGCACAUCUAACAGCUGCUGCCUUCUCCUUCCUGUUCUCUGUGGCUCUGUGGGUUGGUUUGCCAGCAGCUGCAUGUCUGUCUGGAACCUGAAGGUGAACCUGGUGGGUCCUCCCUCUCUGUCCCAGGUCCUGGGGUUGGGCUGCUGCAGGAGACUUCUACCUUUAUUACCCUGGUGCUUGUUUGGGUGUUGGUAUCAUUAGAUGCUGUUACAUCCCUCCAGCCCGCCCGUUCUCCUCGGAUGAUUCCUUACAUGAAGGGCUUGGUCUCACCACCAUCUGUCUCCUGCUGCCUCAGGCGCACGCCCAACUGUUUAUCCCGGAGGAGAUUCUUCCAGAUGUUUUGUCCUUGCAUCGUCUUGCUGCAGCGCUCGCCCUACGUCCUCGAGGUGUUUGGGUGUGGCUUACCUCCUUGCAGGGCUGCCGAUGGGGGUGGGGUGUAAACUGGUCUGUUCUGGCCUCUGGCGAGUAUGUCAGCGGGUCUUCCUACCCGAGCACCUGAUGGCUACUGCUUCAGUCCUGAUUCUUUAAUUGUAUUCCAGUGCUGGUUUAAUCAGCCUGAAUGAAGUUUUUAUGCAGGAAAACGUGAUUUCUGAGCCCCGCUCAAACAGCAUCGAGUUUGUUUUAGAGCCUCCUCACGACUUGUGAGUGGAACUUUAGCAAGCUAGUUAUUAUUAUUAUUAUUAUUAUCAUCUAAUGACCCUUUAAUUCAGUGAACUAUAUUAUUUACCAAGACAGCAGCAGCUCUAGAGGGUAAAGCUGAGCGAAGCUUCCACAGAAAAUGUCCUCAGCUUUCAGGGGCGUAGGUGUGGCAUGGACGGAGGAGGCGUGUCCCCACCAAUAUCUAGCGAUGACCAAAUAGUUUCCACCCAAUCAUUUCAAUGCCUCUGCUAAUAACCAACAAGCCAUUAAAGGUCUCGUUACCCUAGAGGUGCAGAAAGGGUUAAAUGGCGUUCUCUCCUCUAGUCCCACCUUCGUUACGCAAACGGCAACUGUGAUUGGCUGCACAUGCUGUCGCGGGAAACUCACGUCACGUGAGACAAACUGUGCCGGUUGUUAGCAGCGCCAAAGCUCGAAGGAAAGCGUUCCAGUUGUCUGUAGAACUCCUGUGUUUGUACCGGACGUGAGGGACGCACGGGGCCAGAAGGUUGUGAGUGUAACCGAGGCUCCUGAGAGGACGAUGCUAGCUAGAAAAGCUGCACAUGAAGAGAGGGCGACGGCCAUGAGGCUUUUUUAUUAAUGCCACGUCACUUCACAUAACAGCAGUCACGUUCCCCCAACAACCAACCCACACACUUCUGGUCGUCACAAUAAAAGCACUGAACACCACAUCCUGUCUGACUGUAUUAAUCAAAAUAAGAGUCUCACAAAAGCCGUCACCAUGCUUCCCCCCAAGAAACAAUAUAAACAGCCUCAUCAGAGCUACAGAUGAUUUACCUUUCCCUCAGAGACACGCAGAUCUAACCCCGUAAUCAUGGUUCUCGUUCUGUCUCAGAGUCCAACUUCCAUCCAGACUCAGAGAAAUCUGCAUCCUUGUGCAAAGAUAGCAUCAGCCUAGAGAGACAGUUAAUCCUCAAGAGCCUGACACAUGCAGUUAUAUCCAGAAAACAUUUUUGACUAUUAAUACAACAAUAAUUUACUUUUACAACAAUACAGCUAAAUAUAAUUUGUACUUGGACACUUUAGCUUCCACCAGAGGGCAGAAAACACGUUAAUGAUUCAAUAAAGCAGCUUCUAAAGGCAAAAAACAAAUCUUAAUAAGAUAAUGAUUGUCAUGACAACAAACAAACAAACAAACAAACAAACAAAGAGCUCUUAUAAACUUAGAAAUGUAUGUAUGUAUAGAUAUGAAACAAUUGUUGUAAAGGGUUAAACUGGCAUGUUUAAAAUGUUGGUGACACACUAUAGCUUUUCAAUAACACUACAGUGAAGUAUCAGAAGAGGAUACUUUAUCGUUGUCUCAUGGAUUAAAGAGAAGACAACAACACAGAUUAGGGCUGGAGUUAGAAGUCCCAGAGCAAAUCAACGCCGACGUCAGCUCUGCCGUACUAGUACUCGAUCUGCAAGGUCUGGAUCUGCUGUAUCUCGGUUUAAACCUGCAGGAAUAGUUUGGUGGCUCAGUGCCGGUGUGAUUUUCACUGCUUUGUUUUGCAGCUCACUCCUGACUGUCACUUUGUGCUGGACUACCACCCGUCCCUCAACAACAUCGUCAUCGGAGCAGGAUUCUCAGGUACAACACCAGCCAUAUAAGGCACUUCCUCUCUGCCAUGUGUCGCACAUUCAAGUCUGAUUCUGCCUUUUCAAGAGCAGGUUCACCGAGAAACCAUUUUAUAAUUAUUUCUGAUUGCAAUCGGUCACUUUGAGUUCUUCAUGCAGGCUGAACAUGAAGAUAGUCUCCUACACCUGUCUCCUGCAUUAGCUUCUGAUAGAAACAGAUGGUGAAACUCUAGGAUUAGAAAAUCCUGACAGAUCUACAUCACACUGUCCCUAACAUUCAUGGAUUCGAGACAGAGAAGGCUGUCCAGGAAUCAGCAGAUACACACCACAGCUAGCAGAUACACACCACACAGCAGCACUUCUCCAGGCUUGUGUUAUUCGUGGAUUUCAAACAUCAACGUUGCAGAGCACACUGAGUCAGUGGUAGGGUCGUGUUGCUGUUAUCCAGUCAGAGGCGAGAUGUCCAAAUAUCAGGAAGCAACACUCCACAUCCUGUCAUCUGAAUCUCUCCUUUGAUCUGAAACAGCCACUUCUGGACUCUUUGGUCGUCUUCUUCCACUUUCCCCUUCGGCUGACUCUGUGUCCUCAAACGGGUGCGCUGGAGCUUAUUUUCCCAGAGUAUGACUCUGGCACGGCAUUCGUUCCUACUAGAGACCCCUAGCAGUGCCUACACCACGCUCAGGACAAUCCAGACUCUUUUGAUGUGUCCUAUUAAAGGUUCCAUAUAAUGAAAAAUCCACCUUUAUGAGAUUUUUACCACGUGUCAUCCGGCCUUUCUCCUCUGCCUAAAGCUGAUGGUCUUGGCUCUGAAACGUGGAUAUUCUGAAACAUUCCUUCUGCAUUGGGGACAAAACACUGCCACAAAAACUACGAGUCCUGUCUACAGAGAGACAUGCAACAGCCAGCUCAGGAUGUGUCUUAGACAAGUAAUGUUUUGUAAAAAACUCAAUAAGCCCAGGGGUUGGUGUGCCAGAGCACAGGAUGCAAGGCAGGCACUUAAAGCACUGGACUAAGAAGGCCAGUACAACAGCAGCCUUGCCUAAGACGCUGUGGUAGGUGUGUGCAGCACCUUGGACAGCUGCCCUUGGGAAACAACCAGCUUUCAUCCAGGACCAUGGACAGCACCAGGGCAGCAGUCACGGCCAGCUGGGCCGUUUUACCUCAUCAGCUGGCCCUUCAAAAGCAGCCAGCUGGAGCUCAUCAAGGAAGAGAAAUUGUUUGUGGGUUGCAGCAGCAACUGGUGUUCUCUUCCCUUGCGCUUCUUGGCUCAGUCUAAACAUUUUGCAGUUUUGUGCUUACUGCUAGAGAGAGAGAGUAGGUAGGAUUUUUGAAGUUUGGACAAUUUCAGUUAGUUUGGUCACUUUAGUUUGGUUCGUCUUUUAGACAAACCUUGGUUAAUUACCAGUUGGGGUUUUGCCCUUGUGGAUUUUCAGUCUCCUUUUAAUAAAGGUGCCUUCAUUUAAAUGUGAAGCCAACCUAAAUGGAAUGUGCUUGGUUUAUGUCUUGAAUCUGGUGAACUGAGUCUGUCCACCCAAAUACCUCCUGCUUAGAAUGAGCUGUUAGUUGCAUGGAAACGACCCCCACCACUGAUUCCCAUGUAUUGGAUGCAUUUACAGAACAAAAGUAAGUCGAUGAUUUGUCUAGGUAAGUGAAAUGAUUGCGAGCUGAGGUGACAAUUGUCUGUAUGGAUGCAUGGUGACUCCCUUUGUUGAAAAUUUAACACUAGGAUAAGGAGAGGAGGGUAGGAGAGGUGUGGCUGAGACAGAUGUCUGUAUGGAUGCUGAAUGGUUUAGAGUUGGUAACCCUAAAUUCUUUACUUGUCUUAGAGAGAGUCCGGCAUUUUCUGAAAGGGUAAGUGCUUUAAAUGUGUGGGGGAGGUGCUGUGGGAACUGUAGGGUAAGGUCUCCUAACACCAAAGAGUUAUCGAUCCUAACUUGACGUAAAGUGGUGCAGACUGAAUACAUGAAAGCAGAUCAUCAAUAUACUUCUUGACAAAAGGGGACUACAAUCAAUAACUUCAUGCGUC